AUGCAACUGAGGGAGCAGAGGGCUGUGAAGCAGAAACACGCUCCGGUGAAUCUCUCUGUCAGGGCGUCCGCUGCAACGCUCUUUUUGACCUCCGUUAAGCGGCU